AUGUGCUGCCUUACUGACUACGCUGGUAUUCUAUUAGUUUUUGCGAUCACAGUGAAUACUAAAUUCAUACCAGGACCAUGUCAUCAGUUUUCAUGUCAGAACGGUGGAUCAUGCUAUUCGGGAGUGAAUUCGACUCAUUGGUGCAGGUGUCCACCAUCUUAUAAAGGAGAUAUUUGUGAAAAACCAAUAUGCGAAAAAGAUUGUCAAAACGAUGGUGUUUGUCUGGUGAACAAGAACGGCACAUACAGCUGUCGAUGUCAACUUGGCUUUUCUGGAGAGUAUUGCGAGCAGGUGCUGGAUAGUGUCUGUAGGCCAACGUCGUCACUGUGUGGAAGUCACGGGAAAUGCGUACUUACUAGCAGUUUGACCGAGUUUCGUUGUAUUUGCGAUGAUGGAUGGAUCGGAACAAGAUGUAACGAAAGAGAUCCAUGUCCUCCCGAGUACUGUAAUCAUGGAGGCACGUGCAAGCGAAACGGAACAGAAUUCGUUUGUGAUUGUCCUAGAGGUUAUCACGGGACGCACUGUGAACUGGACACAAAUGAAUGCGAAUUUUCACCAUGUGCAUUCGGGAAAUGUGUGAACACUAUGGGUUCGUAUCGAUGUGAAUGUGAUGCUGGAUUCAUCGGUAGUGAUUGUCAAGUGUAUCGUAGUGGAUUUGAAUGCACCACAACUGGCCCAAAUUCGUGUCGAAAUGGUGGAUUUUGUUCAGCGGAGAAGAACAACAACACAUGUGUUUGUCCACCAAUGUUUCAAGGAUUGUACUGCGAAAAAGACGUGGACGAAUGUUCUACAUCGAAUCCAUGCGAAAAUGGUGGCACAUGCGUGAAUACAGAAGGAGGAUUCGUAUGCUUGUGUACAGCUGCUUUUGAAGGUGAACUAUGCAGUAUCAAUAAGGAUGACUGUUUGUAUAAUAAAUGUGAAGCAGGAGCAACAUGUAUAGAUUUAACCGGAUCCUAUCGAUGUGAAUGUCCUCCAGGAAAAAUUGGAUCAUUCUGCCAACAUAAUGAUCCAUGUGUCUCUAUGCCAUGCCUUAACGGAAGAUGUAUUGGAGAUCCGGCAACUGGGAACUUCACAUGUGCGUGUGAUCACGGAUAUACGGGAAUACACUGCGACCAGGAUAUCGAUGAAUGUUCGGAAUGGGGUGAAGCACUUUGUUAUAAUGGUGCCACAUGCGUUAAUAUUGCUGGAAGUUAUGCAUGCGAAUGUCCUGCAGGAGUAACUGGCGCAUCCUGUGACACUUUAAUGGAAAUGUGCGAUCCGAAUCCAUGUCAGAAUAAAGGGAUCUGCGUGGAUCGACUGAAUCAUUUCGAAUGUUCGUGCGCUGAAGGAUUUACCGGUCCAACUUGUGGUGAAAAAUGUCCAGAAGGUGAACGAUGUUCCUGCUCAGCCAAUGGAUGUUUGAAUGGUGGACAAUGUAGAAAUAAUGGAUGCGAAUGUCCAACGGGAUUCACUGGUGAAUAUUGUGAAAAGAAGUUGAGUCCUUGUGAAAUGACGAAAUGCCCUUUUGGUCAGAUUUGUGUGGAGAAUAAUAUGACGAAAGCGGUAAGUUGUGAGUGUCCGGCCGGAUUUACUGGAUUCGAUUGCCAAAGAGAGGUUGACGAAUGCUCAACUAAUCCCUGUCAACACGGUGGAACUUGUUCCGACAAACUUAAUGACUAUCACUGUAGUUGUCCUAGUGGGUAUAGUGGAAAGAAUUGUGAGAAGAUCGUCGACCAUUGCGCAACGAAUCCUUGCCUAAACAAUGGGCUAUGCAUCAAUGCAGCACGCGGCAGCAUUUGUCAUUGUACCCCAGCCUUUUUCGGAGAGAAAUGCCAGUUUAAGAGGAAACCAUGCUCUCGGAGUCGCUGUGACAAUGGAGCCACAUGUCGACCGACGGCAGAUUUCAGGAAUUACACUUGUGAAUGCAAACCUGGAUUUGAGGGGAAAUUCUGCGAAUUUGAUAUUAAUGAAUGUAAAGAUCAACCAUGUAAGAACGGAGGCACUUGUUAUAACACUCAUGGAUCGUACAGUUGUAUUUGUCCAGAAGGAUAUACAGGAAAGAACUGCAUGGAGAACAUAGAUGAUUGCGCUAAAAAUCCAUGCUUAAACAAUGGAACAUGUAUCGAUGAGCUCGCGAACUUCCGUUGUGUUUGUCAGCCGGGAUUCACCGGUAGAACAUGUGGUGUGGAUAUAGAUGAUUGCGCUUCAAAUCCUUGUCUGAAUGGUGCAACAUGUGUGGAUGGUAUUAAUCGUUACGAAUGUCUCUGUAGACGAGGAUUUAGUGGUCGAGAUUGUCAUGUAAACGAUGAUGAUUGUAGACCUGGACUUUGUCUUAAUGGUGGCAGAUGUAUCGAUGCUGUUGAUGACUAUAUAUGCGAAUGCGUACGUGGAUAUACUGGUCAAAAUUGUCAAAUUCACGUGGAUCUUGAUAAAUUUAACGAAACCGACAAAUUGGAGCGUAGUCUGUGCGCUCUUUCCGGAUGCGAUUCCAAAGCUGGAGACGGAAAAUGCGAUUCAGAGUGUAAUUUUUACGCUUGUGGAUUUGACAAUGGUGAUUGCUCUGCCAGAGGUGAACCGUUUGCCAAAUGCAACGCGGCCAGCUAUUGUGCCCAUGUGUUUAAGGAUGGCCGAUGCGAUUCCGUUUGUAACAAUGAAGCGUGUUUGUUUGAUGGAUUCGAUUGCGUACCAACCACUCCCCGUUGCCCACCACAAGUUGCGGAUUACUGUCGCAGCCAUUACGCGGACGGAAUUUGCGAUAAUCAAUGCGAUCUUCCUGGAUGUGCUUUCGAUGGAGGAGACUGUGACACUAAGAAACCAACAACCCUUUCUGGAGAUAUUUCCAUCGUUGUCCUUACUACUCCACAACAAUUUGUGAAACAUGUUGGAAUGUUUCUUCUCACGUUAAGCCAAAAACUUCGAGCGUCUGUUCGGAUCAAGAGCGAUGAGGACGGACCAUUGGUUUUUCAUUGGAACGGCCGGCCAUCUCCAAAGCGUAUCGCUCUUCCAAAAGAUCAGCGCUUAUCUGUUCAAUUUGGUGGUGAAAUUCGUUUGAAACGUUCCGUUUCGAAUGUUGGUGUCCUUGUUUGGAUUGAAGUGGACGUUUCUGGUUGUCACGGUGAUUGCUUCAGUGACGUCGAUACUGUCGCAAACUAUCUCGGAGCAGCUAACGCGAAGAAGGAUUUGUCCGAAAUGGGCAUGCCCAUCUACGAAGCCAUUGCACGACAUCCGGACGCUACAGUCGCGGUCUCGAAUCCGGACGGAUAUUGGGCAUUUAUUAUUGGCUGUUUCGCAAUUUUAAUCGUUAUUGCGACGGUUUUUGUGCUCCAAAAAAGAACUAGGAAACGUCGAACAAUCAAAGCUCCUUGUUGGAUUCCACCCACCGAAGCGCAAAACAAACUUGUUUCAUUAUCUCAAAGUGAACAAAUGCUACGGGCAGGAUUCUAUUCCGAUCAUUUAUUUGGAUCUAAAAGGCCAAGAUUGGAAAACUUGAAUUUCUAUGACUCCGAUCCCUUCACAUCUGCAUUAAAUUCACACAAAUAUCCCAGGGUGGAAGUAAAAUCCACAAAGAAGAUACAUCCACCUCCAACACUUCUGCACGAACAAGCAUCUUCCAAUACACCAAUAGAAGUUGAUCAGUCAACGAUAAAUGUACGUGGUCCUUUCGGUCGAACCGCACUAAUGAUGUUGUGCGAUAAUUCGGAAAAGACGGAAAGUCAACUGGUUGAGGAGGCGGCAAAGAUUUGGGCUGCCGGAGGCGAUUUGAAUUUGCAGGAUGACGAUGAAGAGACGGCAAUAUUUAUUGCGGUUAGGCGAGGUCGUUUGGCUUUAGUAAAGAAAUUGCUGGAUAUGGGAGCUGAUCCUACAAUUAUGAAUCGUAACGAUUCGACAUGUCUCCAUGAAGCCGCAGCAAACUGUAAUCUUCGUAUGGUUGAGGAACUACUGAAACAUAAUUCUGUAGUUAAAGAGAUUGACGUUUGCGACAAUAAUGAUCGAACUCCGUUGAUGAGAUGUGCUGCUAAUGAUACGGUAGAUCAUCAAGUGGCAUCGCUCCUGAUUCGAAUGGGUGCUGAUCCGUCAUAUCCUGGAGAUAAGAGUGCCCUAUCGUAUAACGGACGUACCGCAUUACAUUACGCUGCUCAAGUGAACAAUGUGCAAAUGAUUGAAUUUCUUAUAAGCAAGGAUGCCAAUAAGGAUGCCCAAGAUCUAGAGGACCGAACACCAUUGUUCCUUGCUGCUUCUCAUGGACAUGUUGAAGCUGUGCAAGCUUUAGUCAAAGCUGGAGCUUCAUUGGAAAUCACAGAUCAGAAGGACCGUACUCCCUACAAGGUCGCAGAAGAAAACGAAUUUCGUAAUGUUCUGGAAGUACUGGAUUCAGAUGAUAACAAAACUUGCGUCCCUUUGCAUAUGGCUAUAGGAAAAAAUACAGUCAAAAACAACAAUCGUCAGGUUAAGCGGAUCCCCGUAAAGCGGAAGCCUCAGCCACUGACCCCGCCACAUUCUGACGGAUGUGGUUCGACACCGUCUCCUCAUGCAACGUUUGGAGCUUCAUCCAGACCGACAGCAUCGGUAUUGGAUUCUCCGUCAAGUGAUCGUACAAGUAGUGGGAAUGACGGUUUUUCGCCGGGAUCUCUUCCGAUGACGCAUCCAUCCUAUUGGACAUCCGAAGUUUCACAUCAAUCACCACCAUAUGAAAAUACUGAAUUAGGAGUAUGUUCAUAUUACGGUAAUUAUUCAAUGCCGAACUCCACGUAUGCUCAUUCGUUCUCGUCCACCUCGUAUCCAUCAUGCCAGUAUUCGGAAAGUUCCACAUAUUACGCAAAUCAAGUGUAA